CAGUCUUAAGCGUUCACGGAUUGUUCUCUGCCAUCAGCCGAAGAACACAUUACGCUUGAACAUACCCACCCAGCAAACAUAUAGAACAUUGCGCAGUAUUGUAGCAACGUUACAGCAACGUUACAGCAAUGUUAUAGCAUUGCCGCAACGUCGUUGCAAUGCUCUGUGUUUGCUGGGCAUACAGCGCGCGUGUCUAAAAGGCGUCUUGAAGUCGUCUUUUAGAUACGUAUGUCUAAAAGACGACUUAAAGACAUCUUAAAGAUGCCUUUUAGACAUGCGUGCUGUAUGGGAUAUAACUUUAGCUCUUCUGCGUCCAUCUUAAGAUUAAUUCUUAAUUCUCUUCUUUAAUAAAAAGAAAUUAGAUGAUUCAGAGACUGAAUCUUUUUGGGGUUUCUUUUAUUCCUGAAAUAUAAACAUAUAGGCGUUUGUCGAAGCGGUAGCGUCCCAUACAGCACCGAAGCUUUCAGAAACAUUUCAGAAAACAUUGUUGCAAUGUUUCUGAAAUGUUUCUGAAAGCUUCGGUGCCGUAUGGGGUUCGUAUUCCAACAAAUCGAUCGGGUCAUUUUGCGCGCCGUUUAUUUCCACGGGACUGGUCGCAGGGCGUUAGCGCUUCCUCGCGAGCUUCACCAUGGCGACGGCGACGCCAGGUCGCACAAGUCGCAUUGAUUCCCUCUAGCCAGACACAGUAACGACCGUCAAAGCGACCAAUGCGUCGUUUACAUCCUGGUUCUGGUCACGAGCUUCCGCCUCGAUCCGGAGUCGCAUUUGGUCGAACACUUGGAGGAUGAAGUGAGCCAUGACGGAGCACAGAGGCACAGCCUUCUUCCAUUCGUGCGUAAAGAUGCCGGUGGACCCUUGCAGCCGGCAACCAACCCCUUCUUACGAACGUCCUCGGCUGUCAUCCGGGAGCCAGAGAUCAGAGAGAGUGAAGAAAAUCAAUUUUGCCGAGGGCGAAGCCAUCGAGAACUCGGAGUUGUCGAGUCCGCGUGAUACCCUGGAGAACUUCCUCGAGUUCCUGAAGAGCAUACCGGACUAUGGGCAGGUGCAUCACUUGUCGAAUGAGCAGUUUAAGCAGAAGGUCGAGUACUUGAGGAGGAAGCAGCGACUACUCCUACAGAAUUUGAGGAACUCAUUGGACGAUGUGGAGGAGUCGUCGUCGUGUUUGUCGAUGGCGAGGAACGAGGGCUCCAAGUCGAAGAACGUCAAGCCGGACCUUCUCGUCGACGAUCUUAAGCUGAACGGCAAGAAGUGCUACCUCGAGGAAUCUAGAACUAGCAGUCCGAUACUAUUUCCAUCCGGUAGUUUCGCUGGCCUAGCCGAGAAUCAGGAUCUGUUAACGUACAGAUGCAGAGAUAAGGACAAAGAGGCGAAAACGAUACGCAACAAGGAGAUACUCGCAGCCAACAAAAGUUGGAGCACGUGGAGUGAGUCGAAGAGCGAUGACAGUGUGAACAGCGACGGUGAAGACAGUAUCGAAACGAAGAGUUUACCACCGAACAGCUCGAAAGAAUGGCACCCUACGGUACCUAAGCCAUUUAGCUUCACGCUGAGAGAAGAAGCAGAAAAAUACAUGACGGAGGUCGAGACAGCCGAACGUGUAAAUGAGGAUAGUGAAAAAAGGAGUCCUUCGAAAAAACGACGAGUCAGACCGAUUCCUAUCACGUCCAAAAUACCGCUCUAUGACAAAUUGAUAGCCGAGAAGGAGGAAAGAAGUCGCAUUGUGCGCGAGGAGAGCGCGCUGAACCUGCUGUCGCAGGUGCGACCGUUUAGGUUGGAGUGUGACCGCCGUGCUUGGCGAUCCAUGGCGAGGUCUAGUCCUGAGCUCUGCUCGAGCAAGAGCGGCUCUUUGCGUUUCAAGGCCAAGCCAGUGCCAAGAAACCUGUUCGGCACCGAGGUUUACGACCGUAUGCUCGAGGACGAAUACUAUAGGCAGCUAAGAAAAAGGGUGAGGGCCGCCGAGUUGCUGAAGUCCUCCUCCUUACCGCCCUCGAUGGCGAGGCGUGAGCGUGUCAAGUCCGCGUGUUCACAUUUGCAGGACGUGGGGUCCUGCAAAGACGAAGAUGAAUCUGUUAUCCCGGCAACGACGACAUCCGACAGAACCAGGUCCGCGAUGACGUCCAUACUGUCCUCGCGUGGGAACAACCUGGCCGCGAUUUUGCGAUGUCAGGCCUCACGAGAGAAACUGGAGCGCGAGAUACGGGAGCGGAUGGAGGAAACGCGACGGGAACAGUUGCUGAAGUUUAGGGAGACGCUGAUCGGUCGGAAACCCGCGUGGAAGGCCUUGAGAUCGGCCGCGAGGCACGAACAUGACAGAGACCUGGACAUGCGGACGUCCCUUCGUCGGGACGAGGCACGGGAACAGGCCGAACGUUAUCGACUACAGAUGGAACUGAUGCUUGACCGUGUGACGCAAAUACCGACUCUCUUUGAGCGACAUUCUCAGAGCUUUCAGUCGCUCGUGAGGGCGCAACAGAAAGCUUCUCCGAAGAGCGUGCAUGCCCGAAAGAAGAAGAAGAAAAGGAAGAAACAACAGCAAUCGAAAAGAUCCACAUCAAGUAGCUUGGACUCGUAUCUGAGUUACGCCAGUAACUACAGACCGAAUUCCGGAUCAUUAACCAGUUCUUCCGGUACUCUAAUUUCAAGUCAAUUGUCAUCGAAGUCAUCGGGCGAUUCCUCCGACAAGUCAGCGGCCAAGUCAGAGGCCUCGACGUUGAAGAGGAAGGCCGAUCGCGGCCCGCUGAAAGUGUCAAUCAACGAAACGGCGGAACUAAUCGAGGAUCGCGACGAGAAGUUAUCCAGUAGCGACGACGCGAUGUCGAUGCCAAAGAGUGAAUUGAAUUGAAUAAUUCUCGAUCAUUGCGUCAUUCUGAAUGCCAGGUUCCUACAUUGAUUAAUUACAUUUGAUUAAUUACGAUUAUUAGAAUAUGUUAAUUAGCUAAACUAAACUGUGAGUUAAAUUGUUCAAUAUCUUGUAAGAUAUUUGUAUUCUUUUAUUUUGUUUUUUAAUGAAAAAUCAGGAUAUCAAUGCUUCAAAAAUCAAGUAUUUCACAAACUUGUAAAAUAUAAUAGUGUCCGUGAGAAUCAUUUCGCAUGCACGAACGUUCUCUCGGCGAAAGUUAUCGAAAAGUCAAAUAGUCACAAAAAGUAUAAUCAUAAAAAAGUCAAAUUAUGUGUCGUUAAAAGUGUUAAAUGACAUUCAUCUUGAUUUUUUUUUAGAAAUGAUUCUUUUUUAUGUUAUUUUGACUGUUGAAUGACCUUUCUGCUUGGCUCUUAAAUUAAUCGAAGAGUUAUUUGAAAUUAAAGCGGCCGCGAUAUGUUGCAGGAAGUCUAAAGUGUUAUUAUGAGCAAUAAGAAUACGUCUCGUCAAACUUGGGAAUAAACAACUACCUACUUUUUUAUGGAAAAAUCAUAUAUCGAUAUUGUAUAGGUCGUAAAAACAACAUGAUAUGUUUACAUAUGAAUCAUAACCAUGCAUCGGUUUAGCAUAAAUAUCUAUUA